AUGCCAGGAAAAAACACCAAAAAAAUCAAAAAAGAAAAAUCCAAUACUCUGCUCAACAAAGACCACGCACCAAAACCAAUAACUGCUUCUCCUAUUACCUUCAUUAAUGUCAAUAAAACACCCUUAAGCGAUACAAACAUAGAAAUCACCCUUCAAAAAGAAAUUAGCGAAUCUCUCAAAAUUAUAAAUCAAACACAAAACAUCAGUCAAAUACUAAAAGCGAAUGUCAAUGAACCAUUAACUCACAACGAGCGACCAAUCACUCCUAAAAAAAACUCCAAUGUCAUUCAUAAUACAGAAAAUACAAACAAAAAUUUCAAUCUCGAAUUGAAUACACCCGUGCCAAAGUUUGCCACUCAGAAUCAAACACCAAUCAGAGAAAAGGUCUUCCAAAAUCAUGACGUCAUAGAUGAAGAUGAGAUCAUCACGGUAUCGCUUUCCAGUCCCUACAUACAUAAUAAUCACUCAAACGAAUCACUAUCUUCAACAUUCAGCAAUGCAACAGUUCAUCAUAUUGGGGAGUUCACUGAUGACGAAGAGCAAACACUAUGGCAAAUUGUAACAAGAAAAACAAGACAUCAUGCAUUCAUUCCAGAAGACAAUAUAACAUUAAAUACCUUAGAUCCGGCAUUUCUGGGUCUAUUCAAUCCAUCACCUAAAUCAUUCAAAAACUUCAGAAUUGAAUUCAGUAAUAAAACAUCUCGAGACAAAGCACUAAUCAAAUUCAAAAAACUUGAAAUUAAUAUUAAUUCUACUGCAAUUUCACCGGCCAAAUCAGAUGAAUCAAUAAAACAACCUACCAAAAGAAAUGGUAUAGUAAUUCUGGACAUUCCAGUCAACAUGAGCGAGGAAACGGUUAAAUCAGCAUGUAACUCAAUCGGAUCGCUUACAGAAUUCAAAUGCAUCGAAAAAGGAGGAUGGAAAUCAGCCCAUGCAACAUUUAUGGAACCAGAUGACGAAUUAAAUCUAAACAACACAUGGUCAAUCAUGAUAAAACAUGAUAGCAUGCGCACAAUACCUGCAAACUCAUAUCAAGAAACUCUUAAAUCAAGAUCAACAUAUGAGUUAAAACUGGCAAAUUUACCACCAAGAAGCACCGCUUAUGCUUUACAACAUGUUAUAAAUCAAACCAGAGCCAAAUCAUGUUUUAUUCCCCGAAGCUGA